AUGAGGUCUUUAGAUGAAGAGAUGAACAGAGGUAAAGAGAGGGCGCCCUUCAUCUCCACCCUCCUCUUCCUCAUCCUGGUGGCAGGCGGCGUUGCACCAGCCGUCAGUCAGUCCAGCAACCCAUCAGAGCCCACGUGCUACGACUGGGGGGUGUCCAGCGAAGGGGCGGUGUCGGUCAUGGAGGGGGAGGCCGGCUGGCUCUCCUGCCCUCUCUUCUCUCACCCCUCCGUCUACAACUACACCUCCUCCCAGAGCGCCGGGCACAACCUUGUCUGGUAUCGCGUCCCUGAGGGUCACGAUGUGGAGCAGCCAAUCCCCUACAACAGGAAGGUCAACAGCUCGAGGCUCAGCAGAGACAGAGACAGACUGCUGCUGGAGCCCGCCACCGCCGCCGACAACGGACAGUACAUCUGCAUGCUGCGUAACAAGUCGUCCUGCAGUCAGAUCGCCAUGCAGCUGAAGGUGCUGCGGCCCGACGACGUGGUCCGCAGCCUUGAAUGCGAGCCUCCGGUUGCCAUGGCAGCCAGCGAGGUGAUCAUCCCUUUUCAGGAGGGGAAGGUGCUGGACUGUCCAGACCUGGAGGAAGCACGCAAAAUGGCCGAAGGAGAGCCGACCGUCACCUGGUACCAUGUGAAACUAGGCGGCUCGCGGUGUGACCAGUACCCGUUCCUGGCCAGCAACCGGGAGCAGAGAGGACCCAGCCUGUACAUUCACGUCAUGUACGAGUUCUAUCAGGGUGUUUAUUUCUGCACAGUCGACUACAGGAGGAGAGGCAAAGCCCUCAACUUCACCAGGAGCAUCAACGUCAGCGCAGUCUAUCCGACUGCUUUGCCCAAACUACCCAGCAUCCUCCACCCGGGGAAGGACCAGGUCGUCACUGUCAAACAGGACACCGAGGUGCGACUGGUGUGCGUUGGUCUGUUCCCCUACCUGAACUCUCCACGGGACAUUUGGUGGACCGUUGAUGGGAAGAAGUUGGAUAAACUUGGUGACCCUCGAUUCAACAACUCUGACAGGGAGGUGAAGUACGACCACGGGGACCGCACAUUGGAGAGUGUACUGGUGAUCAAGGACUUUCGGUCUGAAGACCUGAAAAGGGAGUAUAACUGCUCCGUGAGGAACGUGAAGGGCUUCGAGACCCGCAGAGCUCACCUGGAGGAGGAGGUGUCGCUGCCGUCGGUGGAGCUGGGCUGUGGUCUCGGUGUGACUCUGGUCCUCAUGCUGCUCCUCUUCGUGGUUUAUCACGUCUUCUGGUUGGAGCUGCUGCUGCUCUAUCGCUCCUGGUUCGGCACAGACGAGCGGCACACAGAUGAUAAGGAAUAUGACGUGUACAUCUCGUACGCGAGGAACAGCGAGGAGGAGCAGUUUGUUCUGUCGAUGCUGCGCAGCGUCCUGGAGAACGAGCUGGGAUACUCAGUGUGUAUCUUUGACAGAGACAGUCUGCCGGGAGGGACCAUCACUGAUGAGACUCUGAGUUUUGUGGCUCGUAGCCGUCGCCUCCUGGUGGUCAUUAGCCCCGGCUACGCCUCCCAGGGCUCCCAGGCCCUGCUGGAGCUGCAGGCCGGCAUCGAUGGCAUGGCGAGGGGCGGGCACCUGCGGGUGAUCCUGGUCCAGUACAAGCCGGUCCGGAGGCAGGGCUGGGUCAGGGAGCUGAGGAGGGCCCGGGUGGCCCUGGCUCUGGUCCGCUGGCAAGGGGACAAGUCCAAGGAGCUGACGUCGCGCUUCUGGAAGAGGCUAAGGGUGGAGUUACCUGUGAGGAGGGUCAGCAGCAGAGGGGAGAAGGAGGAGAGCAGUAAGGAAGUGGCUCUGAUGAGGCUGCACAGUCAGAACAGCACAAACUCCCAAACAGGCCUCAUCAGCAACACGAUCAAAGACCCGCAGAAGAUCCUCAACUCUGCAGCGUAGACACGACAGACGUCUGCGGCAUGUUCAGUGUCCACAGAGCUGUCAUCACGUCUUUAUGACUGAGACCACAGGUGACAGAUGUGUGGACAGCCUUCAUCUACAGAGAUGUUUCUGCCUCUAUUUUCAGUCUGUUUUUAACUCUGGCUGAGUUCAUCUGGUACCGUCACCGUGCCUGUGACUCAGUUAUGAUGCCAAAACUGUGCCUUAUUAAUUUCAACCUUUCCUGCAAAACCUUCAUUAUAAAACACUCAGCAACUCAAAAAGCAAAGAGAAAAGGAACGAAUGAAACAGUACAGAAACCUGUGGUGCUUCUCAGAUUAAUUUUUCAUAAACUCAGCUUCAGUAUUAGUCGUCCUCUCAUUAUCAACAUCGUUACCAUAAAUAAUUUUUCAUCUGCACACUAUCCACUAAUUAUCACUGUGUAUUUCAUAUUACUGUAUUGUCUGUACAGAUUUCAGAGCACUGUGUUAAGUCUGGUUGCACACUGGUGUUUGUUUUGAACCCUGGAGUUAGGGUUGAGCUCCGACUGUUUGUCCACAGCAGCCGAGACACCUGCCAGUCGAGGCGAAAACAUAUAUAUCUUUCUACACCACGACACAUUUCAUUUUACUCCAUAGACUCAACAGCCUCAGUUGUGCUUAGGUCCACCUGGUUUUUGAGCCAAAGGCUAACAUUAGCACGCCUUAGCAUGUUUCAUGUUUACCAUGCUAACAGUAGCAUGUUAGCAUGUGUUAUCAGCAUCAGUAUUUGUAUUAUAUAAUACAGUGUUAGAAGAAAGACCAAAGGAUUCACCCUCAGGGGACCAUGAAUGUCUACUUUUCAGUUGUAUUGCAUCUUUAGACCAAAGUUGCAGGUUUACUUAUUUCAGUUCAGUCAGACUUUUCUCUAAGAAAUAUCUCCACCCAGUGGCCAGAAAAAUGUUGGCAUUGUGCGUUUCUGCAGACCGCGCAUAUGUUACACUUGCACGUUAUUUUAUUAUGUAGUGGACGAGUUGACUCUUUCUGUUUCAGCAGUGCUUGGGGUAAUGUGAAGUUAGGUUUAGGCAGAAAAAGCACUUGGUUAUGGUUUGGAAAAGAUCAUGUUUUAGCUUAAAAUAUACGGUUUGGUGGCACAGUCAUGGCUAGAAAUUGCGUGAGAUUAUCCCCACUGGAAGAAUGGUGAUAGGGUGUUAAAAAAAACACCUGAAAAGUCACUGAGAAAGAGCCAUGGUCUUGAACAGUGGUCUGAAGCUUGGCAGGCAUCUUGCCUCAGUGACACACUCAACCACCAUCCACCUACAGAUGACAAAAUCAGCUCAUGUAGUGCGUCACUUUAGAAAUGUUGAUAUGAUUCAUAUGAAAAAUGUAAAUAUAAAGUGUCUGGGCAGAAAUGUGAAAGGCCAACAUUUUUUCUGGUGACUGGACUGAGCCUCUGGUGACCAUUAGAGGAGCUGCAUUUAAUACACUUCAACACUCAGCUGUGGUGGUCCCUAAACUUCUGUUAGAUUUAUUCCAAAAAUAAAGUUGGGUGUCAUCUGCGUAGAAUGACACUCACAGUAUCAUAUGCAACAGCCUUCAAAAGCACCACAGCUAUAAAAUGUUACAGAGGAAACACAAACCCACCAAAGAGGGAUCCAUGCACUGCUUCAUUUCACACAUCAGCCAUAAAUGAAUGUAUUUACAGAUAAAACCUGAUCAUUACUUUAAAAUGUUGCAAUUACUCUGCACUUUGUUUUUUGUAUUUUAUUCUGUUUGUCACUGCUUCCACUUUUAUACCUUCAAAAUAUCUACAAUAAAUCAAGUUAUAUUUUUCUGUAAAAGAAUGUAGUAUAUUCUAGUACAGUGGUUCCCAACUGGUGAGUUGCGGGUCCAUUCUGAAUGGACCGCAAGUGACUUGCAAACAUGUCAAGUUUAUAAAAAGACACACCCUAUUUUUAAGUGCAUUUAAUUUUCAGCACAGACUUUAUAUUUUAAAGUUUCCUGCUGUAGAGUGAGUGACUAACAGACAGCUAAUUGACAGAGACGGCAAAUUAGUUUGAUGACAUGGCCAAACCCAAGUACGAUGCCAAAUGUAUUAAACUAUGAGCCUUGAACAAAUGACUAGGCCCUGAUCAGAAAGCGUUUUAGCAAUUGGAGGCGACUUUUUAAAUUGUUCUUAAUGAGAAUGAAGCUUCAUGCUCGCUGUUUUUGAGUUGCCACAUGCCUUGUGUUUCUGCACACUAGGCGCCUGGCAUUUUUGCCGGAGCGCUCUGAACACUUGAGAUAAAAAAAACUUCAACUCAGAGCAGAAAAGCCUGAGUCAUGUCUGCUUUUUUCUCCAUUGUCCAGUGGGAUGAUUUGAGAGGCGGGCCUUCUGUGGUGGUCACGACAACAAGUUUACAGUUGGUAAACAAUGGAGGAGAAACUGGUGGUAGUGGUUGCUGGAUACCCAGAGCUAUAUGGCC